CCAUUCAUCUUCAACACUACUCAACAAGUAGUCAAACCCUUCUUCUUUAUCUCUCUUCACCAUUGACCAUGGCUUCCUUCGUGGCUCGGCUCACUCUGGCUCUGAGCUUCAUAGCCCUCGCCUUAGCCGGCUACUCUCUCUUCCAAAACACACUCUCAUCCCCCACUCACACGCUCAUCCCCACUUGGCUCGACAACACAUUCGACUCCGCCGACGUCCUGUCUUACCUCGGCUUCGGAAAAUCCUCCGGCAGGCUUUCCGACUCAAACUGCGUGUUCUCAGCCGUUAAGGAAAUCGUCGACGCCGCCAUAAAUGCCGAGACUCGCAUGGGCGCCUCCCUUAUCCGCCUCCACUUCCAUGACUGCUUCGUCGACGGCUGCGAUGGAGGAAUCCUCUUAAAUGACACAGCCAAUUUCACCGGAGAACAAGGUGCACCGGCCAACAGCAACUCCGUCAGAGGCUUUAGUGUAAUAGAUCAGGCAAAACGGAACGCCCAAACUAAAUGCGCCGACACACCUGUAUCCUGUGCAGACGUCUUAGCCAUUGCUGCUCGUGAUGCUUUUAGAAAAUUCACGAACCAAACGUACAAUAUAACGUUAGGAAGACAGGACGCAAGAACGGCGAACUUCACCGGAGCUAACACCCAACUUCCGGCGCCGUUCGACAACCUGACCAUACAAACGAGGAAGUUCGCCGACAAGGGUUUUAACCAGAGAGAAAUGGUGGUCCUGGCCGGAGCACACACGGUGGGAUUUUCCCGGUGCGCGGUUCUGUGCACGAGCACAAACCUGAAUCAGAACAGGUCGGCGACUCUGCAAUGCACCUGCCCUGCAAGCGCGAACGACACGGGCUUGGUCGGACUAGACCCGUCGCCGGGGACAUUUGACAAGAAAUACUUCGAGGAGCUAGUGAAAGGUCAAGGGCUGCUGUUUUCCGACCAAGAGCUGAUGCAGAGCAACGCGACGGUGACGGCCGUUAGGAGGUACAGGGAUGCCACCGGCGCUUUCCUCACGGACUUCGCCGCCGCCAUGGUGAAGAUGAGCAAUUUGCCGCCCUCCGCCGGAGUUCAGCUCGAAAUCCGCAACGUUUGCAGCCGGGUCAAUUAAGUCUAUAUGUAAAAAUUUGUGAUUUUCCCCCUUUGGUCAUUCUGCCUUUUGUGAAGACUGGAGUGCUGUAUCAGGAGAUGUGUGUAAACUUCACACUUGGAAUGUGAGGAUUUUCACCUGUUUAGGAAAUAAACAAAUGAAAUAAUCUUAAUCUGGCUUUGUUUCUGAUGAAAUUAAAGCAAUUUACUUCUGUUUUAGUU